AUGAAAAGUGAUGUAUCAAAAACAAAGGAGACUGAUUCAAAAAUAGCGAAUUCGAAAAAGCGUAACAUAGAAAAAAUCACCUCUCCAACAAAAAUACCGAAAACAGAACUUGAUUCAUUAAAUCAAAAUGAAAACACAAUAGAAAAUAAAAAUGAUUACACAAAAGAUAUAAGAACAACUCAGCACGAUGCGAUCAUGCAAGAAGGAAUAGAAAAGAAUGAAGACAGUUGUAAUAUAAUAAUAAAUGAUAAAAAUAAAAUGAAAAAGAAAAAAAAUGGAAAAGACAGAAAAAAUAGUUUUGCUGAGGAAACAAAAAAAACAAUUCAAAAGAAAAGCAAUGUAAAGGAAAAAAAAAGAAAAAAAGAACUCAAAAAGAACAAAAAGGUAACGAGUGAUGAAAAUGUGAGAAAUGCAGAAGAUGAAGAGGAAGAGGAGGACGAAGAUGAGGAGGAAGAGGAAGAAGACGAGGAAGAGGAAGAAGAAGAAGAAGACGAAGAAGAGGAAGAUGAAGAGGAUGAAGAAGAGGAAGAUGAAGAGGAUGAAGAAGAGGAAGAUGAAGAGGAUGAAGAUGAGGAAGAUGAAGAGGAUGAAGAUGAGGAAGAUGAAGAGGAUGAAGAUGAGGAAGAUGAAGAAGAAAAUGAUGAUAACGGAAAUGACGAUGGCGAAGAAAAUGAUGAUAAUGAAAAGGAUGAUGAUGACGAAGAAAAAGAUGAUGAAGAAGAAAAUGAUGAUGACGAAGAAAAUGAUGAUGACGAAAAUGAUGAUGACGUAGAAAAUGAUGAUAACGAAAAUGAUGAUGACGAAGAAAAUAAUGAUAACGAAAAUGAUGAUGACGUAGAAAAUGAUGAUGACGUAGAAAAUGAUGAUGACGAAGAAAAUGAUGAUGAUGAAGAAAAUGAUGAUGACGAAGAAAAUGAUGAUGAUGAAGAAAAUGAUGAUGACGUAGAAAAUGAUGAUGAUGAAGAAAAUGAUGAUGAUGAAGAAAAUGAUGAUGAUGAAGAAAAUGAUGAUGAUGAAGAAAAUGAUGAUGAUGAAGAAAAUGAUGAUAACGAAGAAAAUGAUGAUAACGAAGAAAAUGAUGAUAACGAAGAAAAUGAUGAUAACGAAAAUGAUGAUGAUGAAGAAAAUGAUGAUAAUGACGAUGUUAAUGAAAUUAAUAGUGAGAAAAAUAAAAAAUCAGCUCGUAAAUCUUUACAUUUAAAAGAAACGCCAAAAGAUGAAAAUGAAGAAGAAGAAGAAAAUUUAGAUGAAGGAGAAAAUGUGGAUAAAGAAAAAAGUGUUGAAAAUAAAAGUGAAAAGAGCGAUAACGAAAGUAUUGCAAGUGAUGCAAGCGAUAUAAAAAAAAACGAUCGUCUAUUCGCUUCUAUGAAUGAUUAUAAUUCACCCAAUAAAUUAUUCAGUGAACAAAUGAGUAAGCUGAAUAUUUUUGGAAACAUUAAUAUUGAUAUAGAGAAAUUAAGAAAAAGUCUAAAUAAAAAUAAAGGAAAUAUUGAUGAAAAGAAGGAAGUGAAAAUGACUGAAACGGAGAACGCUUUCGAAAAUGAAGAGAUAUUAUAUUCUGAGAGUAGCAUAAAAAUAAGCAAGUUUAUAAAAAAGAAUGAAAAGUAUGACUGGUCAGGUUAUUUACCCGUGAAGAUUCAAAUAAUGAAAAAUACAGAAAAUAAAAAAUUUAGAAUUUUAUGUUUUCAAAAGGGUAGUGGGAGAUUGUUUUUAAAUACGGAUAUUUUUGAUGGAUUCAAAAUUAUACCAUCCAAAAAUUUGUCGGCAUUAUUUUCUGGAAGAGAUAUAUGUGAUGAGAAAAAACUCAACCAGUAUAUCGUCACCUUUAUAAGCAGUAGUUCAAGGGAUGAAUUUGUUAAUAAAAUUAAAAAUAUUACAAAGAAGGAUGAAAAUUAA